AUGCCGAUCUUUUGGUCAACAACAAAGAACAUCCUGAUGUUAAAGCUGGGGAUAUUGUUGAGGUUUAUCAUCGUGAGGAUGAAGAAAAUACCCGAUUAGUUUUGCAAAUCACAACGUUUACGGAUCUCAAACAUCGCGAUGCCAUCAGCAUAGAGAGUGGUGUUGCGACCCAAUUUAAAUUACGCACAUUUACCGAUGUUGUUAUGAGAGUCGUUGAUGUGGCCGAUGUUGCGUUGGAUUCAAUUGAAAUUACAUUUAAAGAUCAAUAUAUGGGUCGAUCGGAAAUGUGGCGUUUGAAAAAGUACUUGACCAACACCUGCGUUUAUGUAAAUAAAAAAAUCGAUUAUAACGACAUGCAAAUACGUUGUCAAGUAUAUGAAAUGUGGUCACAAGGUGAACGUGUCUCAUGCGGUGUCAUAACAGAGGAUACGAAGAUUGUGUUUCGCAGCAGUACAUCCAUGGUCUAUCUGUUCCUACAAAUGUCAUCAGAAAUGUGGGAUUUCGAUAUACACGGUGAUUUGUACUUUGAAAAGGCAGUAAAUGGCUUCCUCACGGAAUUGUUUCACAAAUGGAAGAAACUGGGAUGUAAUCACGAAGUUACCAUAGUUCUGUUCUCACGUACGUUCUAUGCUGCCAAAUCAUUGGACGAGUUCCCAGAACAUAUGCAAGAAUGCCUACAAAUGGAUUAUAAGGGACGUUUCUAUGAAGAUUUCUAUCGGGUGGCAAUACAAAAUGAACGUAACGAUGAUUGGUGUACGGUUUUGAGUCAGCUGAGAAAACUUUUUACCUCCUAUCAAGCAACGGUAUUAAAUUAUCAUGCCAGAGAGGGUAUAAAAAUACCGCCUGCCUAUAAUUCAACAGCGGCUCAGGGAAACUUUCUCGAGGUGUUAAAUAUUUCUUUAAAUACCUUUGAAAAACAUUAUUUAGAUCGUACAUUUGAUCGUACUGGUCAAUUGUCAGUUGUUAUAACUCCUGGCGUGGGUGUGUUCGAGGUGGAUAGAGAGCUAACCAAUAUUACAAAACAAAGGAUUAUUGACAAUGGUGUUGGCAGUGAUUUGGUAUGUGUUGGUGAACAACCUUUACAUGCAGUGCCACUACUAAAAUUUCACAAUAAAGAUACAUCGGUAACCUCUGCUGAUGACUACUCACUGCCGCAUUGGAUAAAUUUGAGCUUUUAUUCAACAAAUAAAAAAAUUGCCUAUUCAAAUUUUAUACCGCGUAUAAAACUACCGCCCAUGAUUUGUAACGCCCCAACCAUAAUGGAUAAUAAUAGUGAUAAUGAAAAUAAUUUUCUAAGCUGUAAUCAAUCGGAAUAUAUUCAUAAUUCGUUAUUCGAUUAUGAAGCCUAUGAUGAACAAAUUUUCCAGCCACCACCUGCACAAGGAACAUGUUCUUUGCAAAGAGUUGUGAGGGCCAAGAAAACAUCAGUUCCCAGUUUUGAAACAUACGCCUAUCAAAAUAAUGAUUGGGAGAAUUUAACACCCACAAAAAUUCCAAGUCUUCGUAGAAAAAUGUCUGAUCCAGACAUUCAUCAUGGUACUUCGGGAAUACUUGCUGCAAUGACGGAUGUCACAAAUCUCUCCGAAUCACUUGCAUCUGAUAAAAAUGCCAGACGUUCAAUUGUCUCUAUAGCGCCCAUUGUACGCCCGGGACGCUCUUUAAUAAAUCCAUUUGAUCCAUCACAUGUAACAAUAAAAUUAACAUCGAAUCGUCGUCGUUGGACUCAUAUUUUUCCAAAGGGACCUACUGGCGUUCUCAUUCAACAACAUCAUUAUCAAGCGGUGCCGGCCAAACAAAAUUGCAACAAUACCAUCAACAAUAAUGAUAAUGAUUAUUCAUCAUGCUACAAUUCCAUGGAAUACGAUCAUACAUCGAAUUGUUCCACUUUAAGUCGAUCAUUCUCAAAUAGUUUUACUGGAGAUGUAGAGAAAUUUGAAGCAUCAAGGAAACGUAAUAAUUCCUUAUUGAAUUCCUCCGGUUUUACACCAAACCAAAAUGGCACAACUAUACCAGCAAAAAGUUUCCUUUGGGGUGCUACGGGUGAACAAGAAUGGACACCAGCCAUAACAACAGUCUUUUUGUGA